UCGCGCAGUCAGCAUGGCUGGAUUUUCUCGUAGUUUUUCGCCGGUUCUACCGAGCUAGGGACGAGCGCAGUCGGUCGUGUUCUCGCGUCGCGGUGGUGCAUGCUGUCUGAGUGUCGUCGUCAGAACCAUUUGAAACUAAUCGCGAGGCCAAGUGUCUGUAUACGCGUGCAUUUCCGAGCGAGCGAAAGAGACGCCAGAUACUCGAACCUAACCUCCAAAGACAAAGAUGAGCCGAGACGUAACUCUGUUCGUUUCGUGGCCGCGGUGACGCAGAAUCUCGUCUCUUUUCGUAUCGUUUAUACUCUAAGCUUGUAAUAAUAUCGAGACGAACGUGCUUAGUUGUGUUGUUGAUCGUGCGCGUAUUAUAUACCGUGAUUCUCGUCGUGAUCGCGCCUAAAGUGCGUCGCGUGACAGCCGUGUGUGCUCGUGCGUCUUGCAACGGAACGAGGACGGGACGCGUGGAAAGAACAGAAGGGAGCGGAAAACUACUAUGCGCCCUGGCGUGAACAUUUUGGUGACGUUCUUCCGUGUGAACAUGUGAAAGAAACAGGUAAAGAGAGAAGAGGAAAGAUAGUGAAUCUGGGAAGAAAAGAAAGAUCAGUGGGCGGUUUAUAGGAAAAAGGACUUGACCAUCCAGCAACGAAUCUUGUCCCAACAACGAGGGAAACAUUUCUUAGAAAGCUGUUUCGUUGAAGGUUACGUGUUCGUGUGUUUGGUUUGAAGUAUCAACUCAGCCGCUCGCUUCUUGGAAUCGACUGUUUUUCUUCACUGAAGGAGCGAAACAAGGGAAGCCAGGAACGUAGCACGAACGAGAUCGAUAAAGGCGAUGGGGUAACGCUCGAAAAUCGUUCCAACUGGGGAGCAUCGUAGCUUUCCAUCGUCCCUAAUUGACAGGUAGAAAGAGGGUUGGGCCACCUCGGAGACCAGGAAAGAAAGGAACGACGUGCACGACACACGUUAAGAACAGGGUGGAGACAAGCACAGAAGCUAGAAGAGCAAGAAGGUCUCGAAAAUUUACGAGUGAAUAGCUUUGCACGCGCGUCUACGAGACAAAAGAUAUCUUGAAGCAGUCGUACGCUGUAACAAAUGGCGGUACCGUGAAAUCAGUUAACCGUACAACCGAAGCUAGAAGCUGAGGCCGAAUUUCACCAACGUUCCAGCCGUGCCGGCUGAAGAAUUUCCAACACGGUUUCACUUGGACUUUCUGGACUUUGGAGAUCCUCUCACGUUCAUCUAAGGUAUUCUUCUUAGUAGCGCAGAGCCGUAUUUCACGAUAAUCGUCCGACGAAAGUCGCGAUAUGGUCUCGAACGAACAAUAUCGAGAAUAUUCGUCGAUACGCAGAUGAGAAGAAUGUCGAGGAUCCGAGGCACAGAUCGCUGAGAAACCAAGAAGAGUGGAUCCAUCGGAGGGAACCUUAGCCAAAUGGGUUAAAAACGACUGCGAUGGACGGCGCGACCCCGUGCUGCUCGCAAAAUGGUGAUCGUGCUGCCGUCGUGGAAACGCAACAAGUGGCGAUCUGUUCCUUAUCCUUGAGCUAUCAUCGAUGUUUUUUAAAGCACGGGUCGGAUUCGAUCCUGGACCCAUCGCUCACGAACUGAGGUUCUAGCUUCGAGCUGACGCAACCCUCAAAAAGAAAAAAAGAAAAGAAAAAAAAUAAGAUAAAAAAAGGAAGAACGAAGAAUAACGAAAGGCCGGAACUUUAUUCGUAUUUUCGAUCGUUAAUAAAUAUUGCGUUACGCGGGAAACGCGGAAUAAAUUCUUUCUGAAACGAAGAAAAGACAAAGGAAACUUUCGAUUUAUCGAUCGGUGAUUCCUCUUUCCAAAAGAUCCUCGAUUUUAGCUGGACAAUUCUCGAAAAUUCGAGAUCGUGUUUGAAGACCGGAUUGGUUCCACGUUGAUCUUCGACGAAGCGUAUUCGAUCGAGGUUUCGAGUGGCUCUCGCAGACAGAUUCGAUCCUCUCGAGGCAAGAUAUUCAAGAGAUAUCGGCGAGAAAGAGCGUGGACGACUAUGAGCAGAGCCGAUGCCCAGCGAAAGAAAAGGAUAUCCUUGUUUCCGGAAGUCAGGGACUGUCGGCGCGGCUGCGACCACGAUUCGGCGUGUUCACGGUCCGUUUUACGUCUCCACGAGCUGAGUAGAACGAUCCAGGACUAAUCUGAGAGACAAACCGUUACCUCGUCGGAUGAGACGAUGGUGAUGAAGAUUUCCGCGGUCGAGGCUGGCGUUCCUUUACUAAGCGCCGUCGGUCCGCGCUGCGUCGUCAAGCAGGCCACGGUGAAACGAUGCGUCGCGGCGCUGUUGCUCGUCUCCGUCGCCAGUAUAUUUUACUACACGCAUUACAUCAUCAGCAGCCCGCUGUCCAGUCUGAUUCGUCGAGAUACUAGACCAGAGCCGGCAAUCAGGUGUUCGACGUUGAGAGGCGCAACGAGAUUGCCCUCGGCGCCGGAUCAUCGUAGCGAGGCUCGUUUGAGGACGGAUCCAAAAGUUUUGGUCUUCGUAGAAACGCUAUAUUCCAUGCUAGGCAAGAACAUAGCUGAACUACUCGUCUCCAAUCGAAUCAAAUACAAACUGGAAGUGGCUGGCAAGUCCCUACCCGUGUUGACAAACCUGGACAAAGGUCGAUACGGGGUUCUGAUCUUCGAGAACCUGAACAAGUACCUGCAGAUGGAUAAGUGGAAUCGCGAAUUGCUAGACAAAUAUUGCAGAGAGUACUCGGUUGGCAUCGUGGGUUUCGCGCCGUCCGGCGAGGAAAGUCUCGUCGGCGCACAGCUGAAGGGAUUUCCUCUGUUUGUGCACACUAAUCUCAGACUGAAGGAUGCACAGCUGAACGCGGCGUCCCCUAUCCUGCGAUUAACCAGAUCCGGAGAAACAGCCUGGGGACCACUUCCUGGCGGUGACUGGACCAUUUUUCAGGCCAAUCACAGCACCUACGAGCCGCUGGCUUGGGCGCAUCGGGACAGCCUCGACUACCCGGCCAAUAAAAGUCCUCUAGCGACUGUCAUUCAGGAUCACGGCAGAUACGACGGGAUUCAGAGGGUCUUUUUCGGCGGAGGAUUACGAUUCUGGCUGCACAAUUUGCUGCUACUCGACUCACUAUCCUAUCUGUCUCAUGGACAGUUGAGCCUCAGCUUGAAUCGGAUGAUACUAGUUGACGUCGACGACAUAUUCGUUGGUGAGAAAAGGACUAGACUGAGAAAGGACGACGUAAUGGCGUUGCUGGCUACUCAACAGAGGAUUCAGGCGCUGGUUCCGGGGUUUAAAUUCAACUUGGGGUUUUCUGGGAAGUACUUCCAUCACGGCUCCGCGGAAGAGAAUCUGGGGGACGAUAUGCUUCUGGAGAACGUAGACAGAUUUACGUGGUUUUCCCACAUGUGGAAUCAUCAACAGCCUCAUCUCUACGAGAAUGUAACACAUCUACAAUUGGACAUGGCACUGAACAAACAAUUCGCGAAAGAUCACGGAAUCCCAACAGGAAGCGGCUACAGCGUAAGUCCUCAUCAUUCCGGCGUUUAUCCGGUUCACGAAGGACUAUACGAGGCGUGGAAAAGGGUAUGGAGCAUCAAAGUCACUAGCACAGAAGAGUAUCCCCAUUUGAGGCCUGCUCGAUUAAGAAGAGGCUUCAUUCAUCGUAAUAUAAUGGUCCUACCGAGGCAAACCUGUGGCCUUUUCACACACACGAUCUUCAUCGAUAGAUAUCCGGGCGGAAGGGACAAACUGGAUAAAUCGAUACAGGGUGGUGAAUUGUUCCAGACCAUCGUUCACAAUCCUAUCAAUAUUUUUAUGACGCACAUGUCGAAUUAUGGGAACGAUCGUCUGGCGCUAUACACUUUCGAAUCGGUGAUUAAAUUUAUUCAAUGUUGGACGAACUUGAGAUUAUCCAGCGCCCCACCUCUUCAACUCGCAGAGAGAUAUUUUCAGUUGUAUCCCGAAGAAUCUGAUCCUGUGUGGGGCAAUCCCUGCGACGACAUAAGGCAUCAAAAGAUCUGGUCGAGGAAUAAAACCUGCGAUCAGCUACCGAGGUUCCUGGUAAUUGGUCCCCAAAAAACUGGCACUACCGCUCUCUACACCUUCCUGUCCAUUCAUCCGGCGAUAAGCAGCAAUUUGCCGAGUCCUGACACGUUCGAGGAGAUUCAGUUCUUCAAUGGAAAGAAUUAUUACAAGGGUCUCGAUUGGUAUAUGAGCUUCUUUCCAGCGUCGAAAAACGAGAGUUCACGGUAUCUGUUCGAAAAAUCCGCGACCUAUUUCGACGGUGAAUUGGUGCCGCGCAGAGCUCAUGCGCUUCUACCGAGAGCAAAGUUAAUCACUAUACUGCUUUCGCCAGCCAGGCGUGCCUAUUCGUGGUACCAGCACACGAGGGUCCACGGCGAUCCUGUAGCGAAUAAUUAUUCCUUUCACUCGGUUAUCACUGCGAGCGAUACCGCACCGAAACCUCUACGCGAUCUCAGAAAUAGAUGUUUAAAUCCCGGGAAAUACGCCCAGCAUCUGGAAAGAUGGCUUUCCUACUAUCCGCCUCAGCAAUUGCACAUCAUAGACGGGGAGCAGCUCCGUCAAAAUCCCGUGGAGACGUUACACGAGCUACAAAGAUUCCUCAAGAUCACGCCCGCUUUCAAUUACUCAUCUCACUUGAGGUACGACCCAAAGAAGGGAUUCUUUUGUCAAGUUACCAACGAGGAUCGGACGAAAUGCCUCGGCAAGAGCAAAGGCCGUCAGUAUCCUCCGAUGGAGGAUAAAUCGUACAAAUUAUUACAGAGGUAUUAUCUAUCCCAUAAUACGGCCCUAGUGAAAUUAUUAAAACGGCUCGGGCUGAGAACGAUCCCACAAUGGCUGAAGGAAGAUCUCAGCGACACGGUGAUGACCUAGCAAACGUCGAUUAUAUGAAACGACACCGUUUCUGAACUGUUUAUCUCAACGGUGAACGAAAUUCACCGGUUACUAGCUGAAGAUCUGUAAAAUAAUUGUACAUUCGAUUAUAUUCCACUGGACACCAAAUCCUCGACGGAAGGACCAUUCAAGUGGCCUAUCCCAGUGGUUUGGCCUAAGAUCGGUGGGGAGCCUGCGAAACUAGUCACUAAACGGUUUCACGGUGAACACGACCGUGACUGUCGAUCGUUGUUAAGCCAAUAGCACUAUUAUUAACGUUAUAUUAUUAUUGUCAUCGUUGUUGCGUCGUAGAAAACAUGGUUAUUAGGAGAAUACAGCCCGAUCGCUGGUGCCAUCAUCCGUCUAUUAGGAUUGGACGCUUUCGUUCUAAUCUUUACUACUAAAGAUGAAUUCAAGAACAAAAAAAAAGAACUCUUCGUUUAUACCCAAGUUAAAGUUGUCUUCGAUCUUAGUACAACGUGUUUCUCUUCGACUCUGUGAAGUCGACAAUAUUUUAAUAAAUCAAAAGACCACAAACAAACGCACAUUUUAGAUUUGCGUAAUGAUAAUCACGAACAAGUUGUCGAGUCGAGGAUAAUAACUUUCUUGAAACUUGAGUAGUAAAGAGAAGAAGGCCAGAGAAUGCUUUAACGAAUGAAAUUAAAAGCGACCAAAAAAAAAAAAAGAAAAGAA